ACUUCACUGGCUCUUAUUACUUUCAUUUGUCUGCUCCACCUCCAUGUUUCUCCGACUCUCCUCCUCUUUCGGGUUCGGGCAAUGACACUCUUUGUCUGCGGUUUAUGGAGGUCCGGGCGAAGGUUGAAGCUCAUUUGCGACGCUUAGAGGACGAUGCUUCGUCGCCGGCUCAUCGGAGAAUCAAGGAUAGUCCUUUUAGCUCCGACGCUAUUUUCAAGCAGGUUUGUAGCAUGGGGUUAGAGGAGGGUGAUUCUGUUAUAAUGGGUUCAGAUGGUCUUCUCGGCAAUGUUUUUGACCAUAAGAUUGUUUCAACAAUAGCCAAUAAUAGUACUGUUGUUAUGGCUGGCAUUAGCUGAUCUGGCUUGCAAACGCUCAGUAUAUUUCAGAUUCGAUCCCCCCUAUUCAAUGGAAGCCAGAGCUAGAGUAUGCAUCGAACAAACUCAACUUGUUUUUAAGAUGAUCAAACUUUAUCAACACACACAUAAUUGCCUUCUUUAUUUGAAGGAACAAGGUUUUGACGUACCAUCGUGGAAAAAGGCUUUAGGAGUGAAGCUAACAGGCAUCACCUGGAGGACUUGAAUUUUACUCUUGCUCCUUCUGUUAAAUUAUGCAAAUAACCGUACACAUAAUUAUUUUCUUUUUGUUUUGUAGGAGGGAAGCUAGAUGAUAUUACUUUGAUAGUUGCUCAAGUACGAAGGUCAGUUGCUGAAGUAAUAGGCUCAUGACAUGUCUACAAAGUUGGAUGGUUUAAUACAUAGCAGAAUCGAUAGCGAAUACUACUGAGCAGUGCAGAGCUGGGAAUGUUUCUCCUUAUCCUCGAUUAUCUUCUGCUUCUUUUGUUAACUUAUCAAUCAUGAUUCAUGUGGAAAGGGGUUCGUCACAUUAUAUUAGGCAAAUUUGUUAAGUAUUUAUUAAAAUCAUUUGAGCAUGAUUCUUCUGUAACUAUUUUCACAUAUAUGUGUUAUCUUUCUGAACAAGUCUACCAUCUUUUGGAUCUUUCUGUGAUGCAAAUGGUGCUGCAAUGUUUUGAUCUGGUCGGGGAUGGCUGCAAGGUUUGUGCUGUCUUGUAGUACCUUUUCAGUUCUGUAUGUACAAUCCUGCAAUUGAACCAAGAGAUAUACAUAGUUGUGCAGAAUAUGUGAUUUACAAGCUAGCCUCUUUUUUUGGAGUUGUGAUCUUACUUAAUAGGAUCCUAUUGCUUAUGUCAUCAACAAAGCGGUUUGACAGGCUGAAAAGACAAGGGCUAAUGGUUCGGCAGAGAAGAGUCUGGCAGGCGGAUAUGAAACAAGAGAAGAAAAAGGAGGCUGAAGAAUAGAAGCAAGAAGCACAAGAAUAUAUGAUUCAGCAAACAAAAAUGUUGUCAAAGAGGCUGCGCAGCACAAGCAAGAAAAGGAUGGAGCUGUCUAAAAGACCAGUGUGGCAUUGUAGAGUUUCCUUUGUCUUCUGGCUUGUAACAAGGUGGUUGCAUAUGUAAUUUGUCUUAGAAUGCAAUCAAAGUGAAUGGUUUUCAUCAGUUUUUGCUGAUUUGGAUUCUAAUAUUACAA